UUAUGAUUCCUCUUGCUAUGGCCACUGAAGAUUCUCAAGGAAGCACUUGUGAAGUUACAAUAGAUAAGCAAACAUUUAGAGAAGGUUUUAAUGAAUUUGAGGUAAAUUCCAAAGAAAUUACCAACAUCAGGAAAGAAUCUCUGGUAACAGAAUUAGAAAAUAUCGGGAAGUGUCAGCAGUCUGAAGAAUUUCCCCUUUUUAUUUGGCGUCCUUCAUGUCAUCCUGGUUAUGUGUUCAUAGUUAUUCCAGAAAGUAUGCAGUCUCAUAUAAGUAACAGUUUCUUUAAAUACAUUUGCGCACGCUCAAAAUCGGCCGGGGGUGGCAAUGAUCUGUUUUUGACGCGUUCUAAGCUACUUGCCAUUCAAGAGGAAUACACCAGAGGACGCCUUUCUAUUGUACAGUCUAAUAUUACUCAAGUUACACAUAACGAAGAGGGUCAAUUUCAAGGACAAUUAAGGCUUGUCCAAGAGGGGCCCGUGCAGACUAUAUCAGUUCGUUACAUAUCGAAAGAACCUAGUGG